UUGUAUUGGCACGUAGCCCUUUAUUCUCCAUUUUUUUCUAUCCGCGUAUUUACUUUGCAUGUGUGAAUUAAUUCCAGCAUAGCGAAACAAGCCAUGUGAAACUGAACUGAACCCGUUAGAAGAAAUAACUGGGUGCGACGGUUGAAGUUAACUGGCAAAAAAUUAACCAUGGUGGUGGUCGUAAGUUGGUGGCGGCUAACAAGCAAGACUGGAUAGUUGAAUUCAGCACUUUUGGAGGAGAAUGGGCGUGUUCGGGUCGCAUUAUUAUUCAUCUCCUGGACCAAGUGAAGGACGUACAGCCUCAGGUUAGAUGUAAAGUUGAAAGUCAAGCCUCAGGAGAAAGGGGAGUCUCCGACCGGGAGCAAGAAGAAGAGAAUGAGGAGGCACGACGUCUUCUUUCUUCUUGGCAUCUUAGUUUUUGUCAAAGCCACGAGUUAAAUGUGUUCAAAGCAGGGAGGGGAGCCGUGGCAGAGUGGGUGGGAACAAUGGGAGAGGCUAUUUUAGCAUAAAGUCUCUGCCAGCGCUGCCGACAGCUCUCACCAGUCUUCCCAGUCAGGUAAAUCCUUCCCCAGUGUGGGUAACAGGCUUUCUUCAUCCAGCAUAGGUGGACCUUUUUUGUUGUUGAAGGAGACAUGACUUGACCAGCUCGCAGCGCUGCCUCUCUGAAGUUUAUUGUUGGCCACUGUUCUACUUUGCUGCUGUAAGGUAGAGCAGCACCACUCUGCCUGGGAAGCAGUGACAGCUGGACGGAUAGACUGCCCUGUGAAGUGUUCUCCUUUUCAUGGAUGCCAGGGUGGUCCUGCUGCACUUAUGGACAGUCCUUGUCCUCCUGAUAGCAGAGCUGAAGUGGAUUGAUGCUGCAGAGGUCUUCACUAACACUUGGGCUGUCCAGAUCAAUGGGGGGCCAGAGGAGGCCGACCGCAUCGCCAGGGAACACGGUUUCAUCAACCACGGCAAUGUUUUCGGAGAUUAUUAUCACUUCAGGCAUCACGCCGUGGAGAAGAGGGCUUUGUCUGGCCACAGGGGGAUGCACAUCAGACUGCAAAAAGAACCACAGGUCCUGUGGGCAGAACAGCAAGUGGUGAAAAAAAGGAAGAAGAGAGAUAUCUAUGAAGACCCAACAGACCCGGAUUUCCCCAAGCAGUGGUACCUGUCCACCCCAACACAUCAAGACCUGAAUACCAAGGUAGCCUGGGCUCAAGGCUACACGGGAAGAGGUGUAGUGGUGACUAUCCUGGACGACGGCAUUGAGAAGGACCACCCAGACCUCAUCAGCAAUUAUGACCCUGAGGCCAGCUACGAUGUUAAUGACGGGGAUGCUGAUCCCCAACCACGAUACACGCAGCGGAACGAGAACAGACAUGGAACUCGAUGUGCAGGAGAAGUCGCAGCAGCAGCCAACAACGGUGUGUGCGGUGUAGGUGUGGCUUUUAAUGCUAAAAUUGGAGGAGUUCGUAUGUUGGAUGGGGAGGUGACAGACGUGGUGGAAGCCCACUCUUUGAGUCUCAACCCGCAGCACAUCCACAUUUAUAGUGCGAGCUGGGGGCCGGAGGAUGAUGGCAAGUCACUGGACGGACCUGCCAAGCUGGCUAAAGAGGCUUUCCUCCAGGGAAUCACCAAGGGACGUGGCGGCCAAGGCUCCAUCUUUGUCUGGGCAUCGGGAAAUGGUGGCCGGGAACAGGACAGCUGUAACUGUGACGGCUACACCAACAGCAUCUACACCCUUUCCAUCAGCAGCACCACGCAGUCCGGCAACGUGCCGUGGUACAGCGAGCCCUGCUCUUCCACCCUCGCUACAACCUUCAGCUCUGGAAACCCGGGGGAGAAACAGAUAGUGACUACAGACUUGAGGCAAAAGUGCACAGACUCGCACACGGGGACGUCUGCCUCAGCCCCGCUGGCUGCUGGGAUCAUCGCUCUGGCUCUGGAGGCCAAUAUGAACCUGACCUGGAGGGACAUGCAGCACCUGGUGGUGAGAACGUCCCGGCCCGGACACCUCAGCGCCGGGGACUGGAGGACCAACGGAGUAGGGCGCAGAGUGAGUCAUUCGUACGGUUAUGGGAUUCUGGAUGCAGGUGCCGUGGUGGCUUUGGCACAGAACUGGACCACAGUUGGACCGCAGCAUCAGUGUGUUCACACCAUGCUCACAGAACCAAGAGACAUCGGGAACAAGCUGGUUUUCAGCAAAAGUGUGGAUGCCUGCUGGGGACGACCGGAGUAUGUCAGCUCUCUGGAACACGUUCAGGCUCGCCUCACUCUCUCCCACAACCAGAGAGGAAAAUUGGCCAUUCAUCUCAUCAGCCCACUGGGCACACGCUCCACCUUGCUGUUCCCCAGGCCCAAUGACUUCUCCUCAGAGGGAUUCAACGACUGGGCCUUUAUGACUACCCACUCAUGGGGUGAAGAUCCUCAAGGAGAAUGGACGCUAGAAAUAGAAAACGUAGCAGCUAAUGGACGUGACUAUGCUGUGUUAAGUCAGUUCACCCUCAUCCUGUGGGGUACUGGACCCAGCGUCAUCAACCCCUCAUCAUCUGACUUCCCCCGGCCGUCGAACAACAGCUGCAAGACCUUCGACGCCCAGCAGAUCUGUAUUGAGUGCAGCCCCGGCUUCUCCCUCUUCCUCCAGGGCUGUGUGAAGUUAUGCCCGCCGGGCUUCACCUCGGGGCCGCAGCUCCUCAACCUCUCCCUUGAGAACUGGGUGGACCUGUCUUCUGUCCAGGCUUGCCUACCCUGCAACCCCGCCUGUCUCACAUGCUCUGGCACGGGGCCUACAGACUGCCUGUCCUGCCCUCCUCACAGCCACCUCGUUCUCACCUCCUGCCUGCACCAGAACCAGGUCCAGCGCAAAUCUCCACUAGCCGGGGAACUCCGGAGCGAGGGCGCCCAGCCAGAGGAGGAGAUGCCAGCGGCAGAAGACAACAGCGGACAAGGCGAGGAACCUCCGGGGGUCAGCGAAGCUCCGUCCAAUCAGCUGGCUGCCGUAGUGGCCGUGCUCAGCUGUGCCUUUAUCCUGGCUGCCUUCGUCGGGGUCUUCCUCUUGCUACAGAUGCGCUCAAGGGGCACGUCUUUGGGCUGGAGGACCAAACUGCCCUCUGUGUAUUCAGAGACGAGGGGGGUGCGGGUGGGCUUUGGUUUUGGCUUCGGCCAAGGACGAGAAAGGAAGGCACGGAUAUGUUACAAGGGGAUCCCCACUGUGUGGGGGGAUGAGGACAUGAUCGCAUACCAGUCUGAAUCAGACAGCGAGGAAGUGGACGGUCACAGCGAGAGGACAGCUUUUAUCAAGACGCAGAGCUCGAUCUAGAUGAAUCUGAUGUUGUAGCGUCUGACUGUAUGGAGCUGAAACACGAAGGAGAAUUACACUGAACACUAAACGCAGGCCUUACUGUCCCAUCAGCACCCCAUCCAAAUGCAUUAAACAGUGAAUCAUUAGUUUUUUCAUGUAUUUAUUUACAUCCGAUAAUUUAUCUCACACAUUCGACUCUUCGUCACCAAUUUAAGGUGUUAUGCAAUUGUGUUACCUAUUUUCAAUUUUUUAAAAGGGAAGAGUUUUUGAAGUGGGGUUGUAUUUCCUUAAGUAGAAUCUGAGUUAAUCCUUUAACACACUUUAACACACAAAUUAAAUGAUCGUGGCAACAAUAGGCCAGUCACUCCCGUGUGCUGCGAGGUAAAAUUAAAGUUUUUGUCAAGGAAGUCGAAAAUCGAAAGCGAAAAUAUUCUGAAUAUAGCUUAAGAUUAAACUGAUAUUGAUUUCUUUUUAAGUGGGUCUUUUUCAGGUGUCUAAAAUACAUUUUGCUGCUGUCCCCGUCCACAUCAGUAAACUGCUUAGCCUUUGUGUCAGUACUCCUGCCUGCUUCUCUAAACUGAAAGCGUGCCAAACGCCAUCUACUGUAGGUAAUACACUAACUAUGGAUAAGUACCUCAUAAAAUAGUACUUUCCCUUUAAAGACCUGCUUGACAAUAUUUUGUCGAUGUUGUCAAGGGGGUGUUCGAGAAAUUAGGUAUUGCACCACCACAAAGUUGGGGGACUUACAUGAAAGAUCAUGGUUCCUACUCCCACAUACAGGUCAAAAACCCUGAAUCCUACAUUUCCUUUAUCUGAAUAGCAUCUUUCGUUUGAGCUUCUCUGCCUGGUAAAUGUUUUUGAAACUUCACACCCCCAGUUUCUAAAAAAAAAAAUUUGCAGUCUCCAAGCCAAUCACAACUCAGCAUCUUGAGGGUUAUUGUUUCAAAGCUCCUCCAGAACUACAGGAGAAUAUUAUACAACCCUCUCAGGCUGAGCAGUACUCUCAGUGACAAGUGAACUGAACUGGAGGUGGAAAAUGAGUGCUGCCGUAAACCAGCAGAGUGCAUUAUUUCUCAAACAUGCAGUGAUUUGUCUCUAAAACAGACACCUAGACAUCAGUACAGGCGGACUUCUAAUAAAUUGGCAUUAUAUUUUGUCAGAUGCCUGGCGGACUGUGGGCCAGGGGUCGCCAAGUUGACACAUUAUUCAUUAACAGUGAGAAAACUUUAAAUUGAAGAUUUCCGUAGAGUACUGUGAAGGCAUAAUAAAACAUCCCGCUGGCUGUUUGAUAAGCAGGACGCUGUGGUGGAUGCUCUAUUUUCAAUCAAAGCACAGUGGGGGAAUUGCUACCGCAGCAUCCACACAUCAGGUAUAUCAGUCACAGAAUCUCAUUGACUUGUGGUAAAGUAACACUGUUUUUGAAUGAGAUGAAAAAACACUUAGCCCAAAGCCGCUUGGCUGACCUUUACAGCAUUUUUUCCUCCUGCCGGUAAGAAAGAAGAUCAUUUUCUCUUCAUUUUCCCCACAGAGCAUAUAUUGAUUUUGGGGCUUCUCUCCCAGAACAUCUUCAUCAGGGUAAAGCUCUUUCCCUUUCUGUUGUGAGCGCCAUACAUUAUAAGACAAAUACAUGCUUUAUUAUCCCCAUCUAUAACAGUGUAGACUUGCUGCUGCGCAAGUUGAAUCAAAGCCUUUGGAUAUAAAGGCCAGAAUAGUUAAAGUGAUUAAGUAAUGAGGAGAUCUUGUAUUGCAUUUUCUAUGUUUGUUUUAUAUCCUUUUUUAUUUAACUGACAAUGGAUGUUAAUAUUGUGGAGAUCAGUUUCAUGCUGGAAUAAAAUGACUUUGGCUGUUGCAUAGAUA